CAUCAUUUCAUGAGACUAGAACCAGAAGCCUUUGGGUUUGGCGUCCACGCACGUAGUUACCGCACUGCCACACCCGGGUGCGCAAGAUGCUGCAGCCCUUGCCCUCGCGCUUCUUCCGUGCCUUCAGCUGUGCGCGGCCAGAGCCCCGGACGGUUCCGCUCGUCUAGAGCCGAGUCUUUUCCUUUAAAUUGCGUCAUCUGGGUAUUUCCGCGCUCUAGAGGCCGUGCGGCUUCUCGCUCACGGCUCGAGGGUGGCGGCAGCGGAGGUGAAAGUGUAGAGGCUAAGCUAACUAGCUACACGGAGAAAAUAACGAAUUGCUUAUAAACAGGCGCUUGUGGCGGCGAGGGGAGCGCGAAAGGGCCUGUUUUUUCGUUCUUGAUAGAAGACACAGAGACUACUCGCGUUCAAGUUAACCGAGGAAAAUAAAAGCUAAGAAAUGGAUGGAAUAUUUAAUUGGACUACUAACAAAGGGCCCCCUUUCAUCGAGAUCAUCGAGCAGCCCAAGCAGAGAGGCAUGCGCUUCCGGUACAAGUGCGAAGGCCGGUCAGCUGGCAGUAUCCCGGGUGAGAAGAGCAAUGACAGCACCAAGACGCAUCCCGCCAUUAAGAUCCACAAUUACAAUGGGCCCAUCCGCGUGCGCAUAUCUCUGGUGACUAAGAGCAUGCCGUACAAGCCCCACCCCCAUGAGCUGGUGGGGAAGGACUGCAAGCAUGGCUACUAUGAGGCCGACCUGCAGGAGCGGCGCGUGCACAGCUUUCAGAACCUGGGCAUCCAGUGCGUGAAGAAGAAGGAUGUGGCAGAGGCCAUUUCCUACAGGCUGAUGACGUUCAACAACCCAUUCAGCGUUAAAGAAGCCGACAUCUGGGCGGAUGAGUACGACCUGAACACAGUGCGGCUCUGUUUCCAAGCCUCGAUCCCCCUACCCACUGGGGGGCACUGCUCUCUUCAGCCUGUCGUUUCUGAGCCCAUCUACGACAACCGAGCCCCGAACACGGCCGAGCUGAAGAUCUGCAGGGUGAAUAGGAACUCUGGGAGCUGCCGGGGCGGAGAUGAGAUCUUCCUGCUGUGUGACAAAGUUCAGAAAGAGGAUAUCGAGGUGCGCUUCUUCCGGGACUCCUGGGAGGGCAAGGGCUCCUUCUCGCAGGCGGACGUGCACCGGCAGGUGGCCAUCGUGUUCCGCACGCCGCCCUACAGCAGCACCGACCUUAGCGGUCCUGUCCCGGUGAAGAUGCAGCUGCGGCGGCCGUCCGACGGGGAGGUCAGCGAGCCCAUGGACUUCCAGUACCUGCCGGCAGAACCCGACGAGUACCGGCUGAUGGAGAAGAGGAAGCGGACAGAGGGAAUGUUCCAGAACCUGAAGCUUGGCCCGCUGCUGCCAGGUCCUACACCUCCUGAGAGACGGCCCAUGAACACCGCCAAGAGGACGGUGACGGUCUCCAAGCCCCCGGCCACCAUGAUGCAGCCAGUGGCCAGACCAGGACCCUCCAUGCUGCCCAGGACCCACGUCAAACCCGAGAUCGUUUUUGUGUCCCAAUCACCGCAGCUCUUUACCCCCAUGUGUAAACAGGAGGCAGCAGUGACGGUGGCCGCCCCCCCCUCCAACAGCUGGCAGUUUCCUUCCCAGCCUAAACCCACCCCAUUGGAUAACUUCCUGGCUUCCGCAUCUGCCGCCUCGCAGUCUCAGGACUGUCCCACCGUCAACCUGUCGGACCUCUACGACUUCCCCUUUACGGAAUUGUCUUCCGCAAAGGACUUGGACGCCAAAACCAACGGGCAGUUCGGAAGCAGAGAUGGCAGGUCAGGACCCCCAGAGAUGUCCGGAUCGGUGUCCGGCCUUGCAGGCCUCCCCGAUCCCCACUUCAGGGUCGAUCCUGGGCUAUGCGUCGACGAGCUGUCCGAGUUCCCCAGCUUCCCGGAACUCCAAACGCCUGUUAACCUGGACAGCAUCGAAUCUGAGGAUAUCCAGGCUCUGUUUGGUCAGACGGGGAUGCCGGACGACAGCGGACAGGGGUCUGAACUGCCGGGAGCCUCUGGCGUGAACCAGGUGGAUGCAUCAUCCAACCCCGUGGGCACCAGAACCACGUGGAUAAAUUACCCAAACAGCAUCAUCAGCCUGCUGCAGAACGAAGGCAUGAUGGCGCACACAGACAUCUCGAGACUGCCCGUGCUGGAAGACCUGGAUGAACUCAACUCCAUGGAUGAUGAUGACCGACUCAUGUCCAUUUUGAACAGCAGUAGCCAGGCCAGCUUCAUGUCUGGGCAUCCCCCAUAAAUUCUCAUGAUUCGCUCCCUACCUCCUUCCUACAGAAACCCUGGCCACACUCCUUUCUUUUCCAUCCCCGAGAGACCAUUCUGUAUUCCCCCAGUGACACUACUGAUGCCUUGUGGGUGGCUGUGGGCAUUUCUGCAGGCCUUGCUGCGCACCGGUACUGCUGGAGCGGCCUUUGCGUGGCUGCGCUGAGAUGGACGCCAUCUGCAGGAGUGAGACGGGGAAGACAACCAGGGAACGCUGUUCUGUUCUUCCUGAAAAAUUCCAGUAAAAGGUGCCAUCUCGGCUUGCAGGCCUCACAUGACUGGGGUUCUGGGUUCGAUUCCCUGUGCAGUUUUUCAUUUUCUCCUGGUUUUUGCCUCAGUUUUCUCUUCGUUCACGGUCGCAUCCCACAGUUCAGAGACCUGCCCUCAGAUGUACAGCAGCCCUAAACUGUACUGGUCCUGUGCCAGUCUAUGUGCUCUGAGAUGGAUUAGCUUGCCUCUCAAGGUGAACCCUGCCACAUACCCCAUGCUUCCAAGGGAAACCUAUGUAUCACCCGCACCGAGGCGGAUAAAUCUGUGUAGGACGUGGCUGUACGUGUAGCUAUUCCCCAUUAAUCAUGGCUCUGAAACUCUGCUCCCUCAUCAGGCCUGAUGUGUCUUAGUGUGUCUCUGUGGCAAAUGAAGGUCUGUUUUUAAAGGGCUCACUUCCAAUGGUCUCAUGAAGGACAUAAAUUACUGACAUGGAAUAUUUAUGCCUGUUUAAUGAGGGGUAAUGUUUACUGCACCAACAUGUAUGUCAUGCGCUAAAGCAGGGGUGGGGAGCCUGUUCCAUGAAGGGUUGAUGUGGGUGUGGCUUUUUGGGAUGAUCUGCCUACUGGCCCUCCAUGGAUCAGGCUCCCCACCCCUGUGCUAAAAGGGAAGUUAGGGGAGGGAUCUUUAGCAAAGCCUGCAGAGCUGCAGGGUACUUCAUUAGCCAUGCCCCUCUAGCUCUGUGCCAUUUCUAUUAAAAACUGAUCACUUAAGCAGAUUGAUAGCAAAAAUGACUUGUAAAUGCAAAUCUGUCAGUAAGCACCACAGAAUGAUUAUUUACAUACAUAUAUAUAUAUAUUUGUAAGAAAAUUAACUAAAUGUGCCUUUUCCUUGCACAAUAUUCAUUUGUAUUUGGGGGAUGUUUUGGUAAACGCACUAGAAGGAUAUAUUUACUGGUUUACUGCUAGUGACAGGCAGUAACUUGGCUUAGCAGUGUGUUCCACAUUUGUGUCAGUAAAGGGCAUUUGUAUUGGCUAUGAGAGACCCAGGUUUAGUAUUGAAGCCCAGCAGUGGCCGUUUAGUGGGUAAAAUCGGGCAGUACGAUACGGCCCGGUGUUCACCCCAGGGAGUACAAAGUAAUACAGGUGUAUUCAUGGCGCCUGCAAAGGGAAUCGUCUUUGUUAACGUAGCUUAAUGGCAUGUAUUAAGGAGAAAAUCUCGGCAGCGCGCUCGGCAAAGUUUUCCUGUAACCACAAUGACUGUCAUGAAUGUAACAAAUGUCAGGCGUCAGCGAAAACCAUUAUACUGAUGUCACCAUUCAAAAGGCUUACAUCGGUCUUAUGUAGUCUGUAGUUAACUGCUCUUUUAGUAUGUUAUGAACUGUCAAAUAUAUGAACGAUAUUUUAUAUAAUUAAAAUUUCUGUAACAAUA